AGGGUGAGCUUGCAUGAUAGGUGGCAAGUAUUUAGAGGAAAAAGUACGAGCCAAAGUGAUCUAGUAUACACAUUGAAACGAUCGUCGAUGAUUCAAAUUAUGAAGCCAAAACUUGACAUUUUCUUGGCUGAAAAUAAAGAAAUGAAGGUAUGCGACUUCCAUGUCAAAGGAAGUUGGCUCGACCGGUCAUGUGUCGUUUACGCCGGCAAGUCUGAUGUCAUUGUUGCUCAGAUGCACAAGAAACAUACCGCACAAAGCAUAUUAAUUGGGAAGAGUAAUUUCUCGGUUACGGUCUAUCCGAAUGUUGACUUUGCUUUUAUUGUCUCCCUCAUUGUAAUUCUCGAUGACAUUAACAAGGAAGAUUCUGAAGACUAAAAUUAUUUUUUCCAGCUAAAAUUCUUUUGUGCGUUGCAAAUUCUUGAAGUGAUAUAUAAUAUCAUUGAUAUCAUUUUUUAUUA